UUCAGGGAUUCUUUUCAUCAACAGAGCUUGUUCAAUUGAUCUAUGUAUGUUAAUUUUCAAAGCCUCCCCCCCCCCCAACAGAAAUAGGAAAUUGACAGCAUGGAAGGACCAGAACUGCCUGUGUUGUUAGUAAAUGAAGUAGAUGGAGUUCUUGGUGUCUUAGAGACACACCUACCAUUUCUGAAGAAGCACUUCCACCUUAUCACCAUGAAGGAAUUCCUAGAAAACAAAGGACAUUUUAGUACAAAAGUCAAAGCUAUUUAUGUUUGGUGGCAUAAACCCAUCAUUGACAGAGAGCUUUUGGAGAACCUGCCGAACUUGAAAGUGAUUGCAAGUUCAGGAGUAGGUAUGGAUCACUUGGAUUUGAAACUGAUCUCUGGAUAUGGAGUGAGAAUGGCCAAUGCUCCUCAUGCUGUAUGCAACAGUACUGCAGACAUUGGCAUGGCCCUUCUGCUUACAGCCGCAAGACGACUAGUUGAAGCCAGCAUGGUAUAGUGGUUUGACUGUUGGAUUAAGAUGGAUUCAAAUCCCU